AUGUAUGCUGGCCCGCCUGGCUUUGGCCACCUCCAUAACCACUUCCAAUUUCAAUCGCCCGCCGACAUUGAUGGAAACAGCCUCAAGAAGAAGCUGGACACAACUCGACCGUUCGGAAGAUCACCACCCCAAUUACUACCCAGCGCAUGGAUGAGCGAGCUUAUCUCUUGUGGUAUUCCAGGCUCUUCUACAGGGUUGACCGAGACACCAGUUCAUUCUUCUAUUUCUCACCCAAGCGCCCCUUUCCCCCAUCGAGAUAGAUCACCAAAUGGCAGCUUCGAUGUCGACUACUCACUCCCAACACGAUUAAAAAGGAAUAAUAGUGAUGAUGCUUAUAUGCCUCGCGGUCAAAAGAGAAGGGCAGCCAGUCCAAAUGACGAUCACCCUACCAUGCCAUCAGACAUGUCUCAUCGACGUGGGAUGAACUCCCGCGAAUCCCCUCAAGGUCGCUUCACAAGCCUCCCUCGAGGUGCCACUAUGCCUUUGGUACGAACAUCACGAAACAACUCACAUUUCUCGACAAUGUCCAUGCCGAUGCACCCAGCUAGCAUCACUACUGCCACCUAUUUCGGCCGACGCUCACCAGUGGGGUCAUCCCUAGGCGGCAUCUCAUCAACCUCUCUCAACCCCAGCCCUCGAACCUCUAUUUCUAGACGGGGAUCAAUCCACUCCAGUACUGCCUCGGGUGCAAGCAUAUUUGGAAUCACGGAAGUGCAGCAACCCGGGGGUGCUAAGGCGCAAGGCUUCUUCAUGUGCGAGUGUUGUCCCAAAAAGCCCAAGAGGUUCGAGUCGCUCGAGGAACUCAAUGCUCACGAGGCUGAAAAGCAAUACAAGUGUUCAUUCUGCGGCAACCGCUUCAAGAAUAAGAACGAGGCAGAGCGCCAUCAAAACUCCAUUCAUGUGCGCCGUCAUUCGUGGUCAUGCUCAGCUCUCUCCGGAUACUAUAGGGCCUUUCACGAUUCUACUAACAGACCUGGCGAAGCUGACACCUGUGGCUAUUGCGGCGAUGAAUUUAUACGCUCUGGUCGCGGCCCUGGUACGGGUGUCUUUAACGGUGGUAAUGCGCCUUGGCACGCCACGGACCGGGACUGGGAUGGCCGCAUCAGGCAUCUGCGGGAGGUUCACUAUUUCGGAGACUGCAAGUCGUCCAAAAAGUUCUUCAGAGCGGAUCACUUCAGACAGCAUCUCAUGCACAGCCACGCGAGCACAAGUGGAGAGUGGACCAACAUGUUGGGGAAGGCCUGCAUGCUUGAGGAAGACCCAACACCUCGGUAA